AUGGCUCCUCAGAUAAAUCACAAAGCACCUGUCCCACCUAUCAAUGAGCCCAUUCACCCGGAACUGGGCAAUGGUGGUACUAUUGGGCUCGAUGUUGUAGAAGCCAAGGAGGAAGCAUUCGAUGGCCAAAGAGAAGAGAAAGGGCCUCGGCAAGCUUCCGAUACCGAUAAUGGCACUCUAGCUAAGCCUUCUGCCUCUGCCCAAAGCUUUUCGUCGAAUCCAACUUCAGCAAAUUAUGACCAGGAAGGGCUGGUCAAUGCUCUUCUUGAUAUAAACAUCGCAGCCUUGCACCGAGAUGCCACCAGGAGAAACAAAGACACAAUCCUGUCUACUGGCUAUAUCCGCCCUCACCCGCCCUCCAAAGAACUCUGGGAUCAAGUCAAGCGCGUCCACGAAGAGUUUCCACUCCCACCAGCACCAGAAAAGAAGAAAGAAACAAUGCCCCCUGCUAACAAGUCCAUUCCGUUAGACCGGCAUAAUCGAACUAUGGCCGCGAUCCUCACACGCUUCCGCAACAUGGUGCUCGCCGCCACCGAACCGCUUCCUACCGCUGCCGCGAUUCCACAGGCGUCUCUCAAUGCCAUGACUAUGAACAAUGAAGUCUCUGCGCUGAUUAAAGAGGUUGAGAACCUGCUAGCGUUAAAUCGCGAGAUCAAGCAGCUAUGGAUAGCCGGCCCACUGCGCAAGCCAGGUGAUGCUAGCGAGGUGAGCCGUGAGAAGGAGAUCGACGAGAAAGCCGCACGCGUCUCCGAUCUUUACAAUACCCUCCUUGAACUGGAGAGGAAAACAGCCAAGAAAAGCCAUGCCCAGCAAGGCAUCGACCCCUCUGCCGACAUGGAUGUGAAGAAAGAGCAAGGCGAGUCCCAUAUCAAGCAGGAAGGGGGCAGCUCAGCUUAGGACUAUGGGACUGAGAGGGACGGGAAUGAUGUCGACGUAUUUAAGGCAGAAACUAGGCUGGAAGAUCGGGAGCACCGUCCUAGAAUCUAGGUGAAGACCUAUGUCUAUACAGCUGAUGACGGUAUGGGUAUUUGUAGUCACUUCACCAUCAAGACACGAAGAUACACGC